AUGCGUUAUUCUCUCUUAUUGAUCUCUUCUCUCGCUACCUUGAACUUCUUCACAUCAGCUGUUCCCUUUGUCCAUCAAGGCUCAGAAGUUGCUAACCAAGGUUUAGCUGGUGUUCAAUCGCCUGUAGCAAUCCAUAAGCGUGGUGAUGAUGAUGAUGACGACUGGGAAGAUGACUGGGAUCAUGAUGAUAAGGACGAUGAUGAAGACUGUGAUGAUGAUGAUGAUGACCACUGGGGUUGGGAUAAGGGUCAUAAAGACUGGGAAAAAGAUUCAGUUUGGGAAAAGGACUACAGAGACUGGGACAAGGACUACUACGAACACAAGGGCUAUGGCCACAAAGGCUAUGACCACAAGGGUUAUGACCAUAUGGACUACAAGGAUUAUGACCACAAAGGCUAUGACCACAAAGGCUAUGACCACAAGGAUUACGGCCAUAAGGACUACGACCACAAGGAUUAUGGAUAUGAUGAAGGUUACAAGCAUGAUGAUAAUGACAAUAAGGUUGACCAAAAGAAAGAGCGCAAGACAAAGACUGUUUACUUCCUUUACACUGUGACAACAACAAAUCAUGUAGUUUACGGCCAUGACCAUGACGAAUAUCACGAUAGAGACCAUGAUGGUCAUGGUGACUGGGACAAUGACCAUGGCCUUGGCCAUCUCUUUGACCACAGACUUGAUGCCAACGUUGCUACUCCUACUAUGGCCUCUAUUGCUGCUACCAGAACCCCCCUAGCUAAUCCUGUCGUUGCUACAGCUGACAACAACAUUGUCUAG